UUCACUUCAAAAGUAUAAGUCGUCUAGUAGUCUAUGACCAUGGCCAUACUGAAGAACCAAGUGAAAGUGUCAAAAUGUGGAUGAUAAUGUUUGUGUUGUGUCAAAUAGCCGGUGCAGCGGCGGCCGGUCACGGACUCUUACUGCUGCAUCGACCCCAGGAUAUCAGCUCCCAGUGUGCCUUCGCGAAGCACUUACGAUACGACAUCUCAUUUGGCAUGGGAAUGUCAGACACAAUCACAUUGGUAUUCCGCUCAAUCAUGGAGGUGGACUACGGCUGUGUGGUGGAGAUAGUGGCCAACACUGUGUCCGAAUACCUGCUGGUGGUGGUGCGAUAUCCGACGCUGGUGGGUACCAACUGUGAGAUCAACAAGGACGCGUUCACACUACUCAAGAAGUGGCGCUGUAUCCGGCUCUGUGACGUCGUCUACGAUUAUUCCCUUGACUCGCAUUAUUUCACGUUCUACGUAAAAGAACGGCUGAGGUUUAAAUUUCUCAGCAAUAGCAGCAUCAAUGCUGACUUAAAUGGCUUGUUCUAUCAAGUGACGGUGACCACGGCUCGUAAGAAGCCGUACAUCGGCUGCAACAGAAAGAACGAGACCAUCUGCGUGAUUGGCGAGAGUGAGUUCUGCUUCACGAGCGGCGUGGUGUGCGAUGGGAUCAAGAACUGCGGAGUCGAUGAUUGGUUUGACGAACGAAAGACCCAAUGUUCUUUGCCAGUGGAAAGUCUUGGCUAUGCACCCGUGGUAGCAGUGGUAGCAGCAGCUCUCUGUGCCCUGCUUGCUCUGGGCCACAUCAUUCAUCGAUGUCUGCCACCUCUAGCUGAUUCUUUCUUCAUCUUCAACGUCAACGAAGACAACAGACUGUGUAUCGAUCCUAUGCUGGUUCCUGUCGUCGACCCGCUUCUCAAAAUCUCGGCGGUGGAGCGAAUAUCUGUUAUACCCUUGUUUUCCAGUUCAUCUUCAGAUACAGAAGGCGAGGAAAGAAGUGAGGCUCAACCCGACGCACCCGAAACCUCGGAGGAGCAGAACAUAAAGACCGUUGUGACGAAAAUUGAACACGUGGAUCAACCAACACGCAAGAGUACACUCAAGUCAAUCUCCGAUCGUCUCCAAGAUACUCUGUGGGCAUUCGGAAGCCGCAAGAAGAGCCACGACAAGGAGCCACCUGACAUUAUCUAGACUCCGGUCACUAACUAGCGUACAGCUGAGAAUUUUGGAUUACAUUAGUAGAAAAAGAUAAAUAUUUUAAGUAA